AUGGCCACACCAUUCCUUAUCUCCUACCCCUCCACCCCCACCUCGGGCCUCUCGCUCAAGCAGAUCGCCUACUUCGGCCGGGUGCUGGUGAAGGUCUCUACUCUCGCGGAAGCAGAACAGUUCCUGCGUCAAAACUUCCGUCACCUCGAUGUCUUCGUUGACGCCACCUCCAUCACUUCCGCUGGUGAUCUGGUCGACAUUCUCAACGCUGGUGCCGCCAAGAUCUUCAUCACCAUUGACCAAUUGAAUGCACUCUCCCAGGAACAGUCCGUUCCCUCAUCACGAUUGAUUGUCAACGCCUUUACCGCCGAUCAACUGGAGACCGUCCUGUCUUGGACUCGCGAAAAUGCCCCCGAACGCACCGAUAUCAGCGUCUGCACCGAACCUUCUGCCGCCACUACCGCCGCCACAAUUCUGAACAUUAGCUCCGAUUCCUCACGUCUCUUUGUCAACUAUGGUGAGAAGGGGAUUGUGGAGGGUCCCUUGAAGCAGGUUAUGCAGGAGGGUGCUAUUGCUAUUAUUCCCUCCAACUUGUUGACCGUUGAGCGGGAUGCGCCGGGUCAGCUUUCUGCCGCUAAGCUGCUAUCUUCGCGCGCUGUCACAGACCAGGCCAAUGGCCUGUAUGCCACAUCUGUUACCGAUGAGCGUGGAUCCUGUCUUGGUUUCGUUUGGAGCAGCGACGAGAGUAUCGCUGAGGCUCUGCGCACCGGUACCGGAGUCUACCAGAGCCGCAAGCGCGGAUUAUGGUACAAGGGCCAGUCAAGUGGCGAUGUCCAGGAAUUGAUCCGCAUUGGCUUUGACUGCGAUGCGGACUGCUUCGUAUUUGUUGUUAAGCAGAUCGGACGAGGCUUCUGCCACCUCGGUACGGAAAGCUGCUUUGGCGCCUCGGCUGGUCUGUCGCGUCUUCAGAAGACCCUCCAGGCUCGCAAGGCCGAUGCCCCAGCCGGUUCCUACACUGCUCGCUUGUUCAAUGAGCCCAAGCUCGCCGCGGCCAAGAUUAUGGAGGAGGCCGAGGAGCUGUGCACUGCUACAACCAAGGAGGAAAUUGCUUUCGAGGCCGCCGACUUGCUGUACUUUGCUCUGACCAGGUGUACUGCCGCUGGUGUUACUCUCGAGGACAUUGAGCGCAACCUUGACCUUAAGAGCUUGAAGGUUAAGCGGAGAAAGGGUGAUGCUAAGGGUCCCUGGGCUGAGAAGGCCGGACUGGCUGCUCCCCAGGCUAAGCCUACUCCUGCUCCUGUCCCCACUCCCGCCCCUGUUGAGGACCGCUCACGCAUUGAGAUGAAGCGCAUUAACACUACCUCAACGUCCGCCGCUGAGGUCAGCGAGUUCCUUAAGCGUCCUUCUCAGAAGUCAAAUGACGCGAUUGUCGGUCUGGUCAAGCCCAUUAUCCAAGAUGUUCGUGAGCACGGCGAUGCCGGCGUACUCAAGUACACUCACAAGUUUGAGAAGGCCACCUCGCUGACCUCCCCCGUUAUCAACGCUCCUUUCCCCGCCGAGCUUAUGAAGCUCAGCCCUGAUGUUCAGGAGGCCCUUGAUAUUUCUAUUGGUAACAUUGAGCGCUUCCACUCUGCGCAGAAGAGCAGCAAUGAUACUCUGCAGAUGGAGACUAUGCCCGGUGUUGUCUGCUCUCGUUUCUCCCGUCCUAUUGAGCGCGUUGGUCUGUACAUUCCCGGUGGUACCGCCGUUCUGCCUUCCACUGCCAUGAUGCUGGGUGUGCCCGCCAUGGUGGCUGGCUGCCAGAAGAUUGUCUUGGCUUCUCCUCCCCGUGCCGACGGUAGCAUCUCUCCUGAGAUUGUAUACGUCGCCCACAAGGUUGGUGCUGAGAGUAUCGUUCUGGCUGGUGGUGCUCAGGCCGUGGCUGCUAUGGCCUACGGUACCGAGAGCAUCACCAAGGUUGACAAGAUUCUGGGUCCUGGUAACCAGUUCGUGACUGCUGCCAAGAUGCUUGUCUCCAACGAUACCUCUGCCGGUGUUAGCAUUGAUAUGCCCGCUGGUCCCAGUGAGGUUCUUGUCAUUGCUGACAAGACCUCUGUUCCAGCUUUCGUGGCCUCUGACCUGCUGAGCCAGGCUGAGCACGGUGUCGACUCCCAGGUGAUUCUCAUUGCCGUCGAUCUGAACGAGGACGAGCUGCGAGCCAUUGAGGACGAGGUUGAUGCACAGGCUCGCGCUCUGCCCCGUAUGGAUAUUGUUCGUGGCUCCCUCGAGCACUCCGUCACCUUCGUGGUGAAGGAUAUCAACGAGGCUAUGGCUCUGAGCAACGAUUACGCCCCCGAGCACUUGAUCCUGCAGGUUGAGGGUGCCGAGGCUCUCGUCGAGCAGGUCCAGAAUGCCGGUAGUGUCUUCAUUGGUCCUUGGACCCCCGAGAGCGUUGGCGACUACUCCGCUGGUGUCAACCACUCUCUGCCUACCUAUGGCUACGCCAAGCAAUACUCUGGUGUUAACCUUGGCUCCUUCUUGAAGCACAUCACCAGCUCGAACCUGACUGCUGAAGGUCUUCUGUCCUUGUCGAAGACUGUCGAGACCCUCGCUGCGGUUGAGGGACUUGACGCGCACAAGCGUGCUGUCAGCAUUCGUGUUGCGCACAUGAAGAAGAAUCGCUCUUGA